AGUCCCCGCGGCGACGGAGAACGGGUGGCAAGGAGGCUCCGAGCUAGGGUCGCGACGGGGAUCUGGAAGCGUCUGGUUACCUGUGGCGUUGGGAUCGCGAUCGGAGUCAGUUGAUCCCUCUGAGUGCUUCUGGGACGGACAGUUUUAGGGGUUUUGAUUUUGGUUUUGUUUCGAAGGGAAGGGGGUAUAAGCGGGGAGGAGAAUGGACAGAAUACGCAUUGGAAAGUUAAUUGGAGCAUUUUAUAUGUGAGGAGACUCCUAAUUCCAUAUUCUUCUAAUUUCAUUUGCUCCAUUAGGCUAACUUCAUUUUUGAAUUCUCAGUUUUGAAAUCGCCCAGUGUGUUUGCCAGAAUCUGACCGAUUUCAGGGGUGACAGUUUAAUCCAAUCCAAGUGCAAUUUAAUUUGGGCACGCACCUCAAUCACAUGUUUAUGAUGGAAUUUCUGAAGACUUGUGCACUUAGAAGAAAGGCGUGUACUACGGUUUGCUUCUGGAGAAACCAAGUUAUACAAAAGUCUUCAGUUAGAAGGAUUAGUACUACUUCUUCAAGGAACACUGUCAUGCCUGCUUGGGUGAUUGAUAAAUAUGGGAAGAAUGAAGUGCUUCGAUUUACUCGGGACAUGAUGUUACCUAUCAUACACUACCCAAAUGAAGUCAUUAUCAAAGUUCAUGCUGCAAGUGUAAACCCUAUAGAUGUUAAUAUGAGAAGUGGUUAUGGAGCUACAGCUUUAAAUAUGAAACGUGACCCUUUACAUAUUAAAACCAAAGGAGACGAAUUCCCCCUGACUCUGGGUCGGGAUGUGUCUGGUGUGGUGAUGGAGUGCGGACUUGACGUGAGGUACUUCAAGCCCGGAGAUGAGGUCUGGGCUGCAGUUCCUCCCUGGAAGCAGGGCACUCUCUCAGAGUUUGUUGUCGUCAGUGGGAAUGAGGUCUCUCACAAGCCCAAAUCACUGACUCAUACUCAAGCCGCCUCUUUGCCAUAUGUGGCUCUCACAGCCUGGUCUGCCAUAAACAAGGUUGGCGGCCUGAAUGACAAAAAUUGCACAGGAAAACGUGUUUUGAUCUUGGGUGCUUCAGGUGGAGUUGGUACUUUUGCUAUACAGGUAAUGAAAGCAUGGAAUGCUCGUGUGACAGCAGUUUGCUCUCGGGAUGCCAGUGAACUUGUAAAGAAGCUUGGGGCAGAUGACGUAAUUGAUUACAAAUCUGGAAAUGUGGAAGAACAGUUGAAAUCUUUAGAACCGUUUGAUUUUAUCCUUGAUAAUGUUGGUGGAUCCACUGAAACAUGGGCUCUAAAUUUACUCAAGAAAUGGUCAGGAGCCACAUAUGUGACUUUGGUGACUCCUUUUCUCCUGAACAUGGACCGACUGGGCAUAGCAGACGGCAUGCUGCAGACGGGCGUCACCGUGGGUUCUAAGACAUUAAAGCACUUCUGGCAAGGAGUCCAUUAUCGCUGGGCCUUUUUCAUGGCCAGUGGUCCCUAUCUAGAUGACAUUGCAAAACUGGUGGAUGAGGGAAAGAUUCAGCCAGUUAUUGAAAAAACCUUUCCUUUUUCUGAAGUUCCAGAAGCCUUUUUGAAGGUGGAAGGAGGACACGCACGAGGAAAGACUGUAAUUAAUGUCAUUUAA